AUGUUUGUACGAUCCACCAUUCUUGCCCUGUUGGUUGGCACCUCUGUGGCCUUUGUUCCAUCGGGACAAACCAGAUCCAAUACUCAAUUGCAAAUGUCCCAAAUGGAUGACAGGAGAUCCUUCGUCACCAAGUCUGGAACUGCUGCUGCUGCCGCCGCUUUGGCCACUGCCACAACCACUGUCGCCCCACAAACUGCCAGUGCUGCCGCCUCCAAACUAUGGACUGCGGUUGACCUUCCUUUCACAGAUACGCUAUACGAUAUCGACUUUGACACUGAAAACCACGGAUACCUUGUUGGAUCCCGUGGAUCCUUUGCCGAGACCAACGACGGUGGUGUCACUUGGGAAGCCCGGUCAUUCUCCAACUUGGAUGCCGAGGAGGAAGUCACUUACCGUUUCACUGUUUCGUCGUUCACCGAUGGCGAAGGUUGGGUUUUGGGAAAGCCAACUCUGAUGUUGCACACCAAGGAUUCUGGAAAGACCUGGGAACGUAUCCCUCUUUCCCCCAAGCUUCCUGGAGAACCAACUUCCAUCACCUGUUUGGGACCUGGAAAGGCUGAAAUGACAACUUCUUCUGGAGCUAUUUACACUACUGAAAAUGCCGGAAGAAACUGGAAGGCACAAGUUAAGGAGACCAUUGAUGCUACCCUGAAUAGAAUCAGUAGUAGUGGUGUAAGUGGAGCUUCUUACUUCACUGGUAACAUUAUCAACCAAGUGCGUGACGAUGAUGGUGCCUACUUGGCCGUUUCCAGUCGUGGUAACUUCUUCCUUACCUGGGAACCUGGUAAUGAUUUCUGGAUUCCACAUAACAGAGGAACUCCCCGUCGUAUCCAAAACAUGGGAUUCGUUGAUGGUGAUAUCAAGAAGGGUCUCUGGAUGACCUUGAAUGGAGGAAAGCUUCUCAUCUGCAAGGAUUCUACAUCUUUGUCGGCUGACACCUUCGACUUCAAGGAAGCCAAUAUCAAGACUGGAGGAUACGGAAUUACCGAUGUUGCAUGGAGGAACAGCGACGAGGUCUGGGCUGUGGGAGGCUCCAACACCAUGUACGUCAGUAAAGAUGGAGGAACCAAUUUCUCCUUCGACAAGAGUGCCAACAACAUCCCAGGAAACUUGUACAAUGUCAAGUUCUUCAAGGAAUUUGGAAACAAGGGUUUCGCUCUUGGAAGCAACGGACUGUUGCUUCGAUACACUGGAUAA